AUGGUCGGCGCCGGCGUGCUCAGCCUGCCGUACGCCAUGGCUCACCUUGGAUGGGGGCCCGGGUUGGUGGUGCUGCUGGUGUCGUGGGGGAUCACGCUGUACACGCUGCGGCUGCUGAUCGAGCUGCACGAGUGCGUGCCCGGCGUGCGGUUCGACCGGCUCCGCGACCUCGGCGCGCACGCGCUGGGCCCGCGCCUGGGGCCCUGGGUGGUGGUGCCGCAGCAGCUCAUCGUGCAGCUCGGCUGCGACAUGGUGUACAUGGUCACGGGCGGCAAGUGCCUGCAGAAGUUCGCCGAGUCCGUGGCGUUCGCGUACGCGGGGCACGGCGUGGUGCUGGAGAUCCAGGCCACCAUCCCGUCCACGCCCACCAAGCCGUCCAGGGCGCCCAUGUGGAAGGGCACCGUCGCCGCGUACCUCGUCACCGCCGCCUGCUACUUCCCCGUCGCGCUCCUCGGAUACUGGGCCUUCGGGCGCGACGUCGGCGACAACGUCCUCGUCGCGCUGCAGCGGCCACCCUGGCUCGUCGCCGCCGCCAACAUGAUGGUCGUCAUCCAUGUCGUUGGAAGCUAUCAGGUGUAUGCGAUGCCUAUAUUCGAAAGCAUCGAGACGAUUCUGGUCACGAGAUUCAGGCUGCCGCAAGGAUUACUCCUCCGUCUCGUGGCCCGAUCGGCUUACGUCGCAUUCACACUGUUCAUCGCGGUGACAUUCCCGUUCUUCGGCGACCUCCUCGGCUUCUUCGGAGGGUUCGGGUUCACGCCGACCUCCUACUUCCUCCCCUGCAUUCUGUGGCUGAAGAUCAAGAAGCCGCCGAGGUUCAGCGCGUCGUGUGCCAACUGGGGCUGCAUCGUCGUCGGAGUGCUGCUGAUGCUUGUGUCUACCAUCGGCGGCUUACGGAGCAUCGUCCAAGACGCGUCGACGUUCCAGUUCUACUCCUGA